GUUUCCCCCCAAAAACCGGAACAAGGUGCGCGUUCCUUCCUUCAGCUGGGAGAGACAAGGUUGCUCGUUCGCGGUGGUUUGUGGCCUGUUGUCUCACCCCAGCUGUCUUGCUUAGAUUUCUCCCAUCAGCCAUGAUAAAAGACAAAGAAGCAUUCCAGAGACUCAGUUUCCUUUACCAGGCAGCACAUUGUGUCUUAGCACAAAACCCAGACAACCAGGAACUGGCUCGUUUCUAUUGCCAUACACAGAACAGCAUCAGCCGACGGCUCGUCUUAAGACAGGACCCCUCUGUGAAACGAACCGUCUGCAAAUCCUGCUUCUCCCUUCUUGUCCCUGGAGUCAGCUCAACUGUACGUCAGAGAAAGCGCCGAAAUCAACGGUGGACAGUUGUGAGAUGUCUCAACUGUGGGUUAACGAAGCGGUUCCUCAGCAACCCUGAUUAUAAGUUGUGGUCGGAGCAACCAGAGGCAUUAUUGGAGAACCAGACUCUAGCCAGUGAAGGAGCAAAAGGCCAGACACCCGGACCGAUGCAGCAACCCCUCAAAGCUUCCCCAACAGAGAAGACAACAGGUUUGCGUGCUGAACCUAACAGUCAUCCUGCCUCUAAGAAGACUGCAGUGGACACCAAAUCUAAGGAGAAGACCGACCCAACUGGGAAGUGACCCCUUUCCUUAAGAACAGAACUUCCCUACUCAGUUGUGGGCAGCCCAUGUGGUAGCCCCCAAGCUGAGGAUAAAGGAAAGCCAAUGUGGCUAGCAAGAUUAUUUGAAAGGAACUGUGGAGCACAUUUUUGCAAGCAAAAGCCUGGUAAAGUACUUGCAGGAAUUAAAUGGCUCACAAAUGAUGGACUUUGGAAUAAAGGUGUCUUUUUAUAUAAGGCCCUUAAGGAAGUUUUUAGGUAGAAAGCAGCUAAGUUCCUCCCGCUGUAGCUAAAAGGGGUCUGAUGUCAAGCCACCUCCCAUCCCCACUGCCUUCAUUCCUUCCUGCAUCCUCUGUCUUCUCCACUGCUCCAAAUAAAUUUUCUUGUUUUUAUUCUCCCCCCCUCCCCCGCAUUCUUUUCUUUCAAUUGGCAUGCCUUGAGGGCUGGGUUGGAUUUAACCCGGAUUUUACCAGUUACUGGCAUCCAUUAUUGAGCAUAUGCAGCUACAAAACUCCCAAUUUUGAGGGGAGAGAUGAGUAAACUGCUUUUGGACUUAGUGAGGCAUUGCUCCAAGUUCUCAUUUUUAUAUGGGAAAAGCUAGUAGUGAACAAAUUUGAAAUAAACUCUUGUUUCAAAAAAGUCUCUUGUAGGCUUCCCUCUAGCUGGCUGGUUGAAUUUUUACCAUUUCUGCUGAAAUAUUAGCAAAGGAAAUAGUGGUUGUUGUGGGUUUUCCGGGCUGUAUUGCCGUGGU